AUCUCCUGCUGCUGUGGUCCAAAUCCGCUAAUCAUAGAGGGACGGCAGCCCGAGCGACGCCCGGAGGCAGCCCCGGUGUACCAUCCGAAGAGAAGAAGCUCCGAGCCGGGCCCUACGACCACCGCGCGCCUGGCUAGGCAAAAGGGCAGCCAAAAACAAACAUGGCCGCAGCAGCACCAAUAUACGGCAGCGUCGCCGCCGACGACGCCGCGCGGGCGACCAUGAUGGUCCUGAGCUCGAAGAGACGGCGGCGGCAGCUCGCGGCGGGCGCCAUAGCGCUUCUCGGGCUCUUUGCGGUGAACGGCGCCCGGAACGCGAAACUCCCGACGCGCGCCGUCGCGCUGACGGCGACGGCGGGCGCCGCGAGCUGCCCCGUGGUAUUUGGGUACGACGUCGUUGCGUAUCAUCUGGGCGAGGUCCGGCCGAGCCAGGGUGGCGUGCCCGGCAGUUCCGAAUACAGCGCCUCUCUUUCCACAUCUUACGGCACGUACGUCUUCUGGUUCCGGAACGGUCACAACCGGGACCUGUUCGUAAGCGAUCCUUGGCGCUAUGCCCCGCGCAUGGGCGGCCACUGCACGGCGUCGGUGGCCUACGUCGACGGCGCGUCGAAGGUCGUGACCGGCGACUCGUCCGUGCCCAUCUGUGUCGGGCAGAAAGAUCCGUACGAAGAGAAGACGAUGGGUCAGCCCUGGGUCAUUGUCUCCAAUAAACUCUACUUCUUCAACUGCGACGCGACCUGGAUCUUUAGUAAACCAAAAGAUUACGUAGAUACGGGUAGCAAAGACCAACUGGAGUCGAUCACGGCGCUCGCGGAGGCCAAUUGGUUGUCAGAAUUUGGCUCGGCAACGGACGGGCCCUUCAACGCGGCGGACUACUGCUCCUGGCUCAUGGGGGAUUCGAAAGAUGACUGGGCCCACGGCGCGGGCUUCGGCUGCACGGGCGUUCAGGAGCCGGUCGACUUUUGCCUGGCCGCGGGGACCCUUAGUGGAGAGGCGUGGCUCGUGGACCCGCUGCAUAAUCGGCGGCGGUAACUUGUGAUUCGUUUU